AUGUGGCUGCCCGAAAACGACCCCGUUCGCCAGCUCGGCGCGCCCGGCCCCCUCCGCGUCUGCAUCGAAAUCGCCAUCACGCUGCUGUUCGGCUGGCCCGCCUACCUCACCACCCACGUCACCGGCCACAAGUACGAGCGUCGCAACAACCACUUUGAGCCAUGGUCGCCCAUGUUCAGCAAGGACGAGUACUGGCUGGUCGUUCUCUCGGAUGCUGCGCUCCUCGUCGUGCUUGCCGGGCUCGGCAGCCUCGCCUACACGUACUCGUUCGCCUGGCUCUUUGCCCAGUAUGUCGUGCCGCUGCUGAUUGUCAACUUUUGGCUCGUGCUCAUCACCUACCUUCAGCACACCGACGAGACCCUGCCCCACUUCCGCGGCACCGAGUGGAGCUGGCUCCGCGGCGCCCUGUGCACCGUCGAUCGCGAUUUCGGUCUGCUCAACCACGUCUUCCACCACAUUGGCGACACGCACGUCACCCACCACGUCUUCUCGUACAUGCCUCACUACCAUGCCGAGGAGGCCACCGCCGCGCUCAAGCCCCUGCUUGGCGAGUACUACCGACGAGACGACACUCCGAUCGCUGUUGCUCUCUGGCGCAGCUUCAACGUGUGCCGCUUUGUCGACGCCACCGGCGAGGUGCUCUGGUUCCGUCAGUAA